GCAGAAGUGCGCACGCGCAGAUGCGCACAUGUCAGCUGUUCGCGGCUCCAGCAGGGAAUGAAAAGAUGUUUGUUCUUGAUUUCGCGAUUAAUUUCUGUCUCUGCGGAUCUUAAUAAAGCGACUUCAGUUUCUUCCUCAUUCAGACAUUAUGCAGCUGCGCAAACUCGGGCAGAUACCAGGUGGGAGGAAGGAAAGUCAUGUGACGCAGUGAAAUGGAGCAGUCUGGAGCAUAAAGGGCCGUAUUUCGCUCCGGAUUACGAGCCGCUGCCGGCAAACAUCUGCUUUUAUUAUGACGGACAGCAGGUGAAACUGAGUCCAGCGACUGAGGAAAUCGCCACCUUCUACGCUAAGAUGCUGGAUCACGAAUACACAACUAAAGAGGUGUUUCAGACGAACUUCUUCAAGGACUGGAGAAGGGAAAUGACGAAAGAAGAGCGAAAGCUGAUCACGACACUCUCCAAGUGCAACUUCAGUCGCAUACACAAGUACUUUGUGGAGAAAGCGGAGGAGAAGAAGAACAUGACGAAGGAGGAGAAGCAGGUCCUGAAGGAUGAGGCGGCGCGGCUGAUGGAGGAGUUUGGGUUCUGUCUGCUGGACGGACAUCGAGAGAAGAUCGGAAACUUCAAGCUGGAGCCGCCAGGGCUGUUCCGCGGCCGAGGAGAACACCCGAAGAUGGGCAGACUCAAGAAGCGCAUCCAGCCAGAGGACGUCACCAUCAACUGCAGCGAAGACUCUAAGAUCCCAGAGCCCCCUGCAGGACACAAGUGGAAGCGCGUUCAGCAUGAUAACACAGUGACGUGGCUGGCAUCAUGGCUGGAGAACAUUCAAAAACGACCCAAAUACAUCAUGCUGAACCCCAGCUCCAAACUCAAGGGAGAGAAGGACUGGCAGAAGUAUGAGACGGCGCGACGGCUGAAGGCAUGUGUGAACUCCAUCAGGAAACGCUACAUGCAAGACUGGAAGUCCAGAGAGAUGAAGAGCAGACAGAGAGGAGUCGCCAUUUACUUUAUCGACAAGCUGGCCUUGCGUGCCGGUAAUGAGAAGGAUGAUGAGUCUGCAGAUACGGUGGGCUGCUGUUCUCUGCGUGUGGAGCACAUCCGCCUGCACAAACAUCUGGACGGGCUGGAUCAUGUGGUGGAGUUUGACUUUCUGGGAAAAGACUCCAUCCGCUACUACAACAAAGUGCCGGUGGAGAAACAGGUUUUCAAGAACCUCAAGCUCUUCAUCAAGCACAAGGAUCCAGAAGAUGAUUUAUUUGACAGAAUUUCGACUGUGAAUCUCAACAAAGCUCUGACCGAGUCGAUGUCUGGACUGACAGCUAAAGUGUUUCGAACCUUCAACGCCUCGACGACACUGCAGGACCAGCUCAAUAAACUCACCUCAGAUGACGGCACAGUGGAGGAGAAGAUCCUGUCCUACAACCGCGCCAACAGAGCUGUGGCCAUACUCUGCAACCACCAGAGGGCAGCACCCAAAACCUUCGAGAAGUCCAUGCAGCUGCUACAGGAGAAGAUCCAAAAGAAAAAGGAACAAAUAGAAGAAGCCAGGAAAGAGCUGAAGGAGGCGAAGCGAGCGGAUAAAGACGCUCCGUCUGACAAAUCCAACAAGCUGGUAGAGAAGAAGCAGAAGGCUGUUCAGAGACUGUGUGAUCAGCUGAAGAAACUGCAGCUGCAGGAAACCGACCGUGAGGAGAACAAGGUGAUCGCUCUGGGCACGUCUAAGCUCAACUACCUGGACCCGCGCAUCACUGUAGCCUGGUGUAAGAAGCAUGAGGUGCCCAUCGAGAAGAUCUACAACAAAACACAGAGAGACAAGUUUGCCUGGGCCAUCGACAUGACGGAUGAGAGCUUCCAGUUCUGAACACACAAACUCACACAC